UAAAAAGUCAACUGGGAAUGCAUUAAGUACACCGUUGAUCUUUUCAAUAAGUUUUUAAAAUAACUCACGCCACGGUUGUGGACACCGUUAUAUGCUUUAUUCAUCUUGGACAUAUUUCGAUUCAUGUAUUAUAUCACGUGAUAAUUAAACAUGCCAACAACACCGCUUGGGUCACCAACCGAGGAGCAAGAAAAAUUGCUCAUAGAAUCCUUCGAUAUCGUGAAACAGCAGGCGUUUCAGAUGAAAAGAUGUUUAGACAAAAACAAAUUAAUGGAUGGUUUGAAACAUGCUUCUAAUAUGCUUAACGAGUUAAGAACAUCUGUAUUAUCACCAAAAAGUUAUUAUGAAUUAUAUAUCAAAAUCAUUGAUGAAUUAAGAUAUUUGGAAGAAUACUUAACAGAUGAAUUCUUAAAAGGAAGAAAAGUUCAUGAUUUAUAUGAAUUGGUUCAAUACGCCGGCAAUAUUGUGCCUAGAUUGUAUUUACUGAUAACGGUUGGUGUGGUUUAUAUUAAAUCUAAAGAACUCUCGAGACGUGAUAUUCUUAAAGAUCUGGUUGAAAUGUGCAGGGGUGUUCAACACCCACUACGGGGAUUGUUUCUACGCAAUUACUUAUUACAAUGCGUGAAAAAUAUACUUCCGGAUAGGCAAUUGGAAUUGGAAAAUUCCGAGAAUGACGAAGAUGGUAUGGAAGUUGGUACUGUUAGCGAUAGCAUAGAUUUUAUUCAUUUAAAUUUCUCGGAAAUGAAUAAAUUAUGGGUUAGAAUGCAGCAUCAAGGGCAUACGAGAGAUAAAGAAAGGAGGGAAAUUGAAAGAAGGGAAUUAAGAAUUCUUGUUGGAACUAAUCUUGUUAGGCUAUCGCAGUUGGAUGGCAUAGACGUCGAAAAAUAUAAACAAGAUAUUCUAACAUUUAUUUUGGAGCAAAUUGUGAGUUGUCGCGACGCAAUAGCCCAAGAAUAUUUAAUGGAAUGUAUUAUUCAAGUUUUUCCUGACGAGUAUCACCUUCAAACUCUGAACGGCUUUCUUAGAGCAUGUAGCGAUUUAUCUCCUAGUGUUAAUGUGAAAAAUAUUAUUAUUUCCCUAAUCAACAGAUUAUCCGUUUUCGCCCAGAAGGAAAACUCCGGUGGAAUACCCGAUGACAUUGAAUUAUUUGAUAUAUUUUCUUCUCAAAUUGCUAACAUUACAGAAAAUAGGGCUGAUAUGCCUGCUGAAGAUAUUAUUUCUCUUCAAGCGUCACUGGUGACGUUAGCCUUAACUUGUUAUCCCGAUAGGAUUGAUUAUGUUGAUAAAGUUUUGGGUACAACUAGCGAAAUAUUUGAAAAGAUGAAUAUAGAAUUAAUUGAAAGUAAAAGUCAUGUUUGUCGAGAACUUUCUCGACUGUUAAGACUUCCCGUUGAUAAUUACAAAAAUAUUCUUAAACUUUUGGAAUUGAAACAUUUCGCCCCUUUAAUUGAUGUUUUCGAUUAUUUGGCUAGAAAAUCCUUAUCGCUUUAUAUUCUGACAAAUGCUAUAGACAAUGAAACUAAAAUUGGAACUGCCGAACAAACAGACGCUAUUUUGACAAUGGCUUCCACUUUAAUCACUGACCAACCAGACGAACCGUCGAUAAAUGAGGAUCCAGAUGACUUUGCCGAAGAACAAGGUGUUGUCGCUAGAUUUAUUCAUUUACUAGAAGCCGAUGAAGCAGAUAUCCAAUAUCUGAUGCUAAACACUGUCAGAAAGCAUGUUGGUACAGGAGGAGUUAAGAGGAUUAGAUAUACACUACCACCAAUUGUAUUUCGCCUAUUUGACUUAGCGGAAAAGUAUAAAAGCGUAAGGGAAGACGAUGACAAAUGGGAGAAAAAGUGCUCUAAAAUUUUUCAAAUGUGUCAUCAAACUAUUAGCGUAUUAAUCAAAGCUGAAACUGUCGAAUUAGCUGAACUAUCUCUUAGAUUGUUUUUACAGGGAGCAGUUGUAGCUGGAAACGUCAGAUUUGAUGGUUAUGAGACUGUCGCAUAUGAAUUUCUAACACAGGCCUUUUCUAUUUAUGAAGAUGAUAUAUGCGAUAGUAAAAAGCAAUUUGCGGCGGUUACCCUUAUUACAGCCGCUUUGGAGAAAAUGACUUGUUUCUCUACUGAUAAUCAUGAAACACUGAGGACACAUUGUGCUCAGGCGGCAAAUAAACUCUUGAAAAAGCCUGAUCAAGCGAGAGCUAUUGUUAAUGUUGCUAAUGUCUUCUGGAAUGGAAAGUACAUAGAAGACGGAAGAGAAGUUGAAAUGAAAGAUGGUAAGAGGGUGUGCGAAUGCCUAAAAAAAGCUCUGAAGAUAGCUAAUCAAUGUAUGGACCAAGCUGCCCAACUGCAGUUGUUUAUUGAAAUAUUAAAUCAAUAUUUAUACUUUUACGAGAAAGGAAAUGAUCAUAUCAACAUACAAGUUUUGAACCAACUAAUUGGCAAGAUAAAAGAUGAUUUACCGAAUUUGGAUGCCACUGAUGAAACUGAACUCAUUCGUACACACUUUGAAAAUACUAUCGAACAUUUGAGGAAUCGAAUUGAAAACCCAGAGACAGAUGAGCCGAGUUACACUGGUAUUGUUCUUUAGAAUAGGAAUAUUACUCUCUAAUUUUAUGUUUGUAUAUCGCUGACUGUUGAAAGAAUGUUUGAUGUAGUACUUUUUAUUUUAUGUAUAAGAAAGCAUGUAUUUUGAAUAUCAGUUCAGCAGCCAUUUACACUCAUGCUUACAGUACGCAUAAUAGGUUAAUAAUAAUUACAAGUAUGUAUGUAUGUAUGUAUGUAUGUAUGUAUGCA